GCCGAAGCAAGGGAAGGUCCCAUCACACCAGCGGUCCGUCCCUGCCCACUGUUGAGCUUUCCACACGUGCUGUCGGCGUGUCCUCAAGCGCGCAGGUCUCCGGAGCGGCUCGGUGCCCUCACGUAUUUGGGCUGUGCGGCUGACCGGAUUCGGACGGACUCUGGACGCAGGUACUUUGAGGAAAGGCAGUGACAGCCUUUCACCAUGCAUCGGAAAAAGGUGGACAACCGAAUUCGGAUUCUCAUUGAGAAUGGCGUAGCUGAACGCCAGAGGUCUCUUUUUGUUGUAGUUGGGGAUCGAGGAAAAGAUCAGGUGGUUAUUCUUCAUCAUAUGUUAUCCAAAGCCACUGUGAAGGCUCGGCCCUCAGUCCUCUGGUGCUAUAAGAAGGAGCUGGGGUUUAGCAGUCACCGGAAAAAGAGAAUGCGGCAGCUGCAGAAAAAAAUAAAGAAUGGCACCUUGAACAUAAAGCAGGACGACCCCUUUGAGCUCUUCGUGGCAGCCACAAACAUUCGCUAUUGCUACUACAAUGAAACCCACAAGAUCCUGGGGAAUACUUUCGGCAUGUGCGUCCUCCAGGAUUUUGAAGCAUUAACCCCAAACUUGCUGGCCAGAACUGUGGAGACAGUAGAAGGCGGUGGACUGGUGGUCAUCCUCUUGCGGACCAUGAACUCGCUGAAGCAGCUGUACACAAUGACCAUGGAUGUGCAUUCCAGGUACAGGACGGAGGCCCAUCAGGACGUGGUGGGAAGAUUUAAUGAGAGGUUUAUUCUCUCCUUGGCCUCUUGUAAGAAGUGUCUUGUCAUUGAUGACCAGCUCAACAUCCUGCCCAUCUCCUCCCACAUGGCCAGCAUUGAAGCCUUACCUCCUCAGGCCCCAGACGAGAUGCUCAGCCCUGCUGCUCUGGAGCUGCAGGAGCUGAAAGAGAGUUUGCAGGACACUCAGCCUGUGGGUGUUCUGGUGGACUGCUGCAGGACCCUGGACCAGGCCAAAGCUGUUUUGAAAUUCAUUGAGGGAAUCUCCGAGAAGACCCUGAGGAGUACUGUCGCCCUCACCGCUGCCAGGGGACGUGGCAAGUCUGCGGCCCUGGGCCUGGCUAUUGCUGGGGCAGUGGCAUUUGGGUAUUCCAAUAUUUUUGUUACCUCCCCGAGCCCAGAUAACCUCCACACCUUGUUUGAAUUUGUAUUUAAAGGAUUUGAUGCUCUGCAGUAUCAGGAGCAUCUGGAUUACGAGAUCGUACAGUCUCUAAACCCUGAGUUUAAUAAAGCGGUGAUCAGGGUCAACGUGUUCCGAGAGCACAGACAGACCAUUCAGUACAUCCACCCUGCAGACGCUGUGAAACUGGGCCAGGCUGAGCUCGUUGUGAUUGAUGAGGCGGCUGCUAUUCCCCUCCCCCUCGUGAAGAGCCUGCUUGGACCUUACCUGGUUUUCAUGGCAUCUACCAUCAAUGGCUACGAGGGCACUGGCCGGUCCCUGUCCCUCAAACUCAUUCAGCAGCUUCGUCAGCAGAGUGCCCAGAGCCAGGUCAGCACCACUGCUGAGAAUAAGACCACAACGACAGCCAGACUGGCCUCAGCUCGGACAUUGCACGAGGUUUCCCUCCAAGAAUCAAUCCGAUAUGCCCCGGGGGAUGCGGUAGAGAAGUGGCUGAAUGACCUGCUGUGCCUGGACUGCCUCAACAUCACCCGGAUAAUUUCUGGCUGCCCAUUGCCUGAGGCCUGUGAGCUCUACUAUGUUAACAGAGAUACUCUCUUUUGCUACCACAAAGCCUCUGAAGUUUUCCUCCAGCGGCUCAUGGCCCUCUAUGUGGCGUCUCAUUACAAGAACUCUCCCAACGAUCUGCAGAUGCUCUCUGAUGCACCUGCUCACCACCUCUUCUGCCUGCUGCCACCCGUGCCUCCCACCCAGAAUGCCCUGCCGGAAGUGCUUGCAGUUGUCCAGGUGUGCCUCGAAGGAGAGAUUUCUCGCCAGUCCAUUUUGAAUAGCCUAUCUCGAGGCAAGAAGGCUUCAGGGGACCUGAUUCCAUGGACAGUGUCUGAACAGUUUCAAGAUCCAGACUUUGGAGGCCUUUCUGGUGGACGGGUUGUUCGGAUUGCAGUUCACCCGGACUAUCAAGGGAUGGGCUAUGGCAGCCGGGCCCUGCAGCUCCUUCAGAUGUACUAUGAAGGCAGGUUCCCUUGUCUGGAGGAGAAGGUCUUUGAAACACCACAAGAAAUCCACACUGUGAGCAGUGAGGCCGUCAGCUUGCUGGAAGAAGUCAUCACUCCCCGGAAGGAUCUGCCUCCCUUACUCCUCAAGUUGAAUGAGAGGCCUGCAGAGCGCCUGGAUUACCUGGGGGUUUCCUAUGGGCUGACCCCCAGGCUCCUCAAGUUCUGGAAACGAGCUGGAUUUGUUCCUGUCUAUCUGAGACAGACCCCAAACGACCUGACUGGAGAACACUCCUGCAUCAUGCUGAAGACUCUGGCUGAUGAGGACGAGGCUGAGCACGGAGCGUGGCUGGCAGCAUUUUGGAAAGAUUUCCGAAGACGGUUCUUGGCCUUGCUGUCUUACCAGUUCAGCGCUUUCUCUCCUGCCCUGUCUCUGAACAUCAUCCAGAACAGGAACAUUGCGAAAGCAGCCCAGCCAGCCCUAACCCGGGAGCAGCUGGAGGCGCUUUUUCUCCCCUAUGACCUGAAGCGGCUGGAGAUGUACUCGCGGAACAUGGUGGAUUAUCAUCUCAUCAUGGACCUUAUCCCAGCCAUUUCCCGCUUGUACUUCCUGAACCAGCUAGGGGACCUGGCCCUGUCGGCUGCACAGUCGGCUCUUCUCUUGGGAAUUGGUCUGCAGCACAAGUCUGUGGAUGAUCUGGAAAAGGAGAUUGAGCUACCCUCAGGCCAGUUGAUGGGGCUUUUCAACCGGAUCAUCCGUAAAGUUGUCAAGCUGUUUAAUGAUGUCCAAGAAAAGGCCAUCGAGGAACAGAUGGUGGCAGUGAAGGAUGUGGUCAUGGAGCCCACAAUGAAGACCCUGAGUGAUGACCUGGAUGAAGCAGCAAAGGAAUUCCAGGAGAAACACAAGAAAGAAGUGGGGAAACUGAAGGACAUGGACUUCUCUCAAUACAUAAUCCGUGGGGAUGAUGAGGAGUGGAACGAAGCUUUGAGCAAAGCUGGGCAGAACGCCUCCAUCGUUAGUUUGAAAAGUGACAAGAAGAGGAAGUUGGAAUCAAAACAAGAACCCAAACAGAACAAGAAGUUGAAGAAAAGAGAGAUGAACAACAGAAAGGAUGCGAAACUGAAGCGGAAGAAAUAGUGAGGCUCGAGGAGACCCGGACUUCUGAGCUGUGUUCGGCUGGACCGGGCAGCAAUAUGGACAGUAACAGAAAUGAGUCUCCAUCAGGGGCAGCCCUGGCUCUCACCUGUGUCCUCCGUGACUGAAGAACCCCAGUCUGCUUAGAACGUGGUGGGUGGGGAAAGUUCUGGCAUUGCCGGAGCUGUCACUCCCACCCAGGGCCACAUUUUCACUUUGGGCCAGGUUUUCUUUCAGACUUGUCCCCACUUAGGGGUGCUGCACUGGUUCCUGGCCUUCCGGACCCUUCAGUACUCAGCUUCCUCGUGGAGUGCUCUGUCACUGCAGGCUUGUCCCAGCACUCUGAGGCCUGCUCCGGCCCCUUCUGUUCCAUUCCUGGCUGCAGUGUUCCAGGAACGUCCGAGCCCCUCGAUGCCUUUUGGUUCCCUCUUCAUUAGGAGAGGCUAUCAAGAGAGACUCAUGCUACAGAAGUGAGAGGAGGGAUAGAGUAUCUGUCUAUUUUUAACAAACAACAUCAUAGAUUAUUUGUCUGUGGUGCUUAUAAAAUCCAUGUCUGUGAAA